GCACUGGCAGACAGGCUGAGAGCCUCAGCCCGUGCCUGCCCGUUUUGACCUUGCAUACGCGUUUGUUUCUUCUACAACUCUACUAACGACGCUUGUUACGAUCUUUACUGAUAUAUAACGACUGCAAAAACUGACACGCCAAAAUAUGCAAAGUUACCAUGACUUGCCUACAGCCGCGGGCGCCUCUACACCGGAUUUGCAGGAUUAUUAUGAUAACGGAAUUCCACCCCCUCAUAGACUUUCGGGCAUUGACGAUCCCUACGUCUCCAGCUCCGUGAUCCGUAGCACACCGGACUCUGCUGCCCGUGGAAGUUAUUAUUCGACGGACAAUAUGCCUCUCAGCACUUCAGGCUACUCCAACAUGGAGACCAAUGCACCCUACCGGAAUCCUGAGUAUAGCAGCAGCCAGUGGCUGGAAAAGCAACAGUCCUCCAGCCGCAGGUCCAAGUUCAUAGUUAUUGGAUCUAUUGUCACCGUUCUUGUGCUCAUUGCCGUUGGUGUCGCUGUCGGCGUGGUUGUCUCGAAGAACAACUCUUCGAAUAAGUCUAGCUCGUCCUCGUCUUCGAGUGAUACGAGUGGUGCCGUCAAACCGACUGAUCCCUCUGACCCGAGCACGUUUGUUAAGAAUGACAAGCUCAAGCACUCGUUCUACGGCCUUGCGUACACUCCUAGUGGGUCCCAGAUGCCCGCCUGCGGCAAUUCUCUUGAUGCCGUUAUCGAGGACAUUCAGCUUCUUUCUCAACUCACCUCGCGGAUUCGUCUGUACGGUGCUGACUGCAACCAAACUGCCCUUGUGUUGGAUGCCAUCAGUAGGACAAAGGUCAACAUGACCGUGUAUCUGGGAAAUUACAACAUUCCCACCGACAGCGCACCUUACGAGCGACAACGUGACGCGAUUAUGGACGCGAUUAAGACGUACGGCGCAGAUCAUGUCGCUGGUGUCACGGUGGGUAAUGAGUACAUGCUCAAUUUCCUGACCGGCCAGGGCGCAGAAGACCCGAAUAGCGCCAUUGGCAACGCUGGUGCACAAUUGUUGAUUCCCAACAUCACGGACACCCGCAAUGCGCUGACUGCUCUCAGUCUCGACAAGACCAUUCCCGUUGGAACCGCCGAUGCUGGAAGCUUCUUCAAUAACGAGGUCCUGGCAGCAGUUGACUACGGCAUGUCGAAUGUCCACCCGUGGUUCGCCAAUGUCUCGAUCGACCAAGCGGCUGAUUGGACAAAUCAAUUCUUCCAAGAGAACAAUGUCAUCGUGGCGAACUCGCUUCCCAAUAAGCCACAAAUGUUCAUCGCUGAGACCGGUUGGCCAACAAAGUCUAGCGAUGCUGGAAAUGCGAGCAACGGGCCUUCGACAGCAUCUGUAGAGAACCUACAGAAGUUCUUGGAUACGUUUGUUUGCCAGGCAAAUCAGAAUGGCACUGGGUACUUCUACUUUGAGUACUUCGAUGAACAGUGGAAGGACGAUCAGUUCGGCGGUGUAGAGGGCUGGUGGGGCCUGUUUAACAAAGACAAAACACUGAAGGACAUCACUAUCCCUGAUUGUUUAAUUGACUAAGUGAAUAAUUCGAUACCAUUCGGAUAGUUCGCAUGCGAUACCUCCUUGCACCCGUACUCUAUUCCCCUCGACAUUUCCCUACUUUCACCCGCCUUCCUUUUACUCGUCUACCUUUACCUGUAUUCCAACCGGACUGUGGUAUACUUGGACACAUAUCUACUUUGCACUGACACUGGACACUCCUUUUUUUUUCCUUUCGCUCGUUUGUUGUCUUUCUUCGCCUUGCAUUCCCUCACCCCCUUGAUUGGACUCUCUUUGUUACAAUCUAAUGCUGGUUUCCGUUUGAUGGGAAUCUGAUAUUGUACGAACUUUUCCCCCUCGUUGCACGCCUGGAACAGCUUCCUUGUGGUAUCCUC